AUAUCACAACAACAGUCAUCUCAAGGCACUUUUCAUAUAGAGCAGGUCUAGACCGUACUCUUUAAAAUAGGUAUUUACAGAGAGAGACCCAACAAAUCCCACCAUGAGCAAGCACUAGGCGACAGUGGCAAGGAAAAACUUCCUUUUAAGAGGCAGAAACCUCGAGCAGAACCGGACUCAGGGUGGGCGGCCAUCUGCCUCGACCGGUUGGGUUAAGAAGGAGAGAGAGGGGGAGAGGGGGUAGAGAAUAGCGAAAGAAGAACAUAGCAUAACACAGGUUCCAUAUCAGAUGUAAGAUGAGGCCAGUAAUACAGCAGUAGUAAUGAUAGUAGUGAUAAUUAAAGUAUUAACUACUAACACAGCAAUACAACUAAUAGCAGUGUAAGUAAUUUCUAAUUCUAGCAGCAGGUGUUGAGUGGAGUUGUAGGAGCAGCAGGAGACUUGUCAUCACAGAUCAGACUCUACAGCUCCAGAGGCAGAAAUACCUGCAGAAAGAGACAGAAGAGGAGACAGAGACGGGAGAGCACAAUACUACAGGAAAGGGGAGAUACUGAGUUAGUAACAUGUAACAUGGGAUAUGAAUCCAUAUUGAGUGGAGAGAGAGGGAGAGAGAGAGAGAGAGAGAGAGAGAGAGAGAGAGAGAGAGAGGAGCUCAGUGCAUCAUGGGAGACCUCCCGGCAGUCUAGGCCUAUAGCAGCAUAACUAAGGGAUGGUUCAAGCCUGAGCCAACCCUAACAUUUAGCUGAUUAACUUAUGUGUUGAUCAAAACAAAAAUUAGUAGGCAACUAUUAUUAGAGCUGAAUUGUUUUAGUCACUUUUCAAGCAAAACUGACACACAGGCUCUAGAUCAAGCCUUUUGAAUUCAAGGAUUUUCUGCUUUUCUUUGUCAUACAUUAUAGUAAAUGAAAUAUGUUUGUUUUGUACAAAACAAACAAUUUAAACCCUUUGAGCUCUGAGAAACAGAGAUGAGCAUUUUUCACACAUAUCAACUAAAAUAGAUAUUAAAACUAUAUUUUGACACUGGGACAUUACAGUGUUCUAGUAAUGUUCUACACAACAUUACAGCAAGAAAAAAUGUCCCUGCUGUAAAAGAGGAGACGACAAAAAUAGAAGACAGAAAGUAUCAUAGUUAGAAUGGUAUUUAAGCACAAAUUAAUGGCGAGGAUCUGUUCAACAGCAAUACACUCAGAAUUAAACCAGCACAAUUUAAAACUUUUCAGAGUGCAAAUCAUAUUCAUAUUUGGGACAUAAAAGCUUUCAGACAUUUUAGCGGGAUUUAACUAAUAUUUGAGCUGAUGUUUUGAGGAUUUAUAGUUAACAAGACCUGGCAACCCUGACUCGUCGCGAUGUGUUGUCGUCGGUCCACAAAUAAAGACGUAAAGCACAGAAACAGAACAAAUAGAAAGUGCAUCACUAAUUCAUUGACUGGCAUCCUGUUUGUUUUUAUGAAAACCACAGAAAAGGUUUCCACGUCUUUUGACACAGAAAGUGCCUAUCGUCGUUAACUUUGUGUUGUUAAUGUUAAACUGGCCAAUGUUUAUUGCACCCCAAUGAAAUAAUUGGUGUAAUUUUCCACGGCACGUCUUUUCUAUGCCUUCCAACUCUUGCAGCAGUGCAGCAGCCAGCUUACGAGUUGCAGAAAAGGGCCACACAAACAUGGAUCUUAUCACUAAACCAAGAAGCAAGUCUGUUGUGUGGAUGUAUUUUGGCUUGAAAGCAGAUGAAAAGGGACAACCUUUGAACUCUGGCGAGGCUGUGUGUCGUUUAUGCCGGAAAAUAGUGCUUGCAAAAGGUGGAAAUACCACGAAUUUAAGAAGUCAUCUGAGACGUCGACAUCGUGCAGAUUUCUUCGAGACCACCUCCUCUACGACAUCAGGAGCGUUGUUUGAGGCGCCAGGUGAUUGCCCACAAAAUUCCGUUCUUUUACUGUAUUCAUGGACGUAAAGCGUGCAUCAAAUUUGAGUCUUACAGUAUUGCCGCCAUUGCAGUUUUUUCAUGUGUCCUUCCCCUUUAAACUGGCUCUGCUGUGGAAAGGUGGAAAGAAAUAGCCUUUGACCCUAAUGUUCGUUAACAUGGACACUCUUUGCCUAUUCAGGCCACAGUAGACCACAAACUUGAUGAUACGACAUAUGUUGUUUUAUCUUGCAGAAUAUUUAAUGUUGUAAUCAAUGACUGUGUCUAUUAAUAUACAGUCUAUGGUCGUAACAUUGAAUGAUGUGAGUGUAUUUAAUGUGUAACAGCUAUGAAUGCAGCAUAUUAUUCCAACCAUGCAUUGUAUCAGACUGUAUAUAAUCAAGAUAAUUACACUCAAUCGUCGUCUGAAUAACAUCAGUCAGUAAGUUUCUGACUAGUCAAGCAUAUAUUUCUUUUAACAGGGGGUUAUAUUAUGUCAAGUUCAGUCAUGUAUAAUGUCUUUUCCAUGUCACACCAGGGACUCGGGUAAGAUAUUCUCAUUCAACGCAGAGUGUUGAUUUUCGCCAUGAUAGUCAUACUACAAACAUCUGGCAACCAACUAAAGAUCCUUGUGUGCAUGCGCAAAGCGACCCAAGUGCUGUGUUUUACGACAGUUUCAUACCCCUGUUGUUACCAUGGCAUCAGCUAAACAGUCGUUCACGCAGCCCAGUGGAAGGAGCUGACGGUUAACAAUUUGGAAUGUUUUGUUAUUAAAAUAUCAUUUGUUACGGGAGUUGCUGUUGUCCCGCUGGCAUUAUUAAGCAAUAUUAACCGAGAGGGUGUGCUUUAACGUCAUUUGAGCACGACAGUGAUGCGGUCAUUGCCGCAAGUAUCACUGAAGUGCUCACAUCACGUUAAAGCACACCCUCGAGUGUAACAUUGCGAUUAUACAACUGUUACCAAAAACAGUAAAAUGUAUAUGGCGGAAUCAUAUUUUUAGUGAUGAGUAAGGCGUGCUGUCAUGCUGAUUUGAACACAUUCUAAAUGUCUUGUUGACCAAUCGGAACUACUUGUUGUAUAAUAUGUCGUAAAUAACGGUUCUGCGUUUGGUGCGAUGAUUUACCAGUCUAAGCCGCCAUCUUUAGUGUUUUAAAGCCCCUUUUAUGAACCAGUCUCUUCAAUACAAAUGAUGGUGACUGCAGUAUAAUCGUCGUAUAGCAUCCAUUCGCUUUUACAUGGCCAAAUUUUAACACCUGCUGCGCUGGCCGCAGUGUGUCCUUACUACCCUGACAGUUGAUGGAGCUAACAGCUAACAUUGUGAACACAGACCAGAGGGAUUCUCGUGAAAAUCUGAAGUUGUUUUGUUCCGAUAUGACAACUAAAGAGGAAAUAAUUCCGAAAAAAGAGGAUGAGUCACAAGAGGAGGAAGAGUGUGAGGUAAAUACGGACAUUUCUAGACAUGCAGUGGUAUCAGAUUUGGAGCUGGAUGAACUUGAAGACAGCAGCAAUGAAAUAAGUAAGGUUACAAAGAAGCAGACCACAUGGGCUGUGAACUGCUUCAACGGCUGGUUGGAGUCUCAGGGGCUCCAGGUGGACCUGACCACAGUGGAGAAGCCUGAGCUGAACGGGCUGCUGAGACACUUUUAUGGAUCAGUACGGAACGGCAAAGGAGAGCUUUAUGGAAUUGCCAGUUACAUUGCAUUGAGAGCCGGACUGAACCGUUACUUUAAAGAGCCUCCUGUCAGCCGCCCCGUGUGCUUAAUGAGAGAUGCUGAGUUCACCUCAGCCAACAAGGUGUUCUUGGGAGUGCUCAAUAGAAUUAGGAAGUCUGGUCGAGACAUAAUAUCACACCAUCAGGCACUGUCACCCAAUGAUAUUUGCAUCCUAAGACACUCACGAGCAAUGGACACCAGCACCCCAAGGGGACUUCUGAACAAAGUCUGGUUUGACAUACAGGUACAUUUUGGCCGCAGAGGGAAGCAGGCCAACAGGAAUCUGAAGCCAGAUUCAUUUGUAAUCAGAAAAGAUGAGAGAGGACUGAGAUACUGCUCUUUAAACUUUGCUGAUGAGGCAAAACCGUGCAACGAGGAGGACCGAUAUUCCAUGUUUGAGAAGCCGGGCAGUGAACACUGUCCCAUUACUUCUCUUUUAAAGUACCUAAGCAAACUCCCCUCCAAUGCAGCCGCCCUUUACUUACAGCCCAAGAAGGAGCUAACAGAUGAUAUGUGGUACAGCCCCAUCCCCCUAGGAGUGAACUAUCUGGGCUCAAUGUUGGCUCGCAUGUGUAAAGAAGCAGGAACAUCGGUGAUCUACACCAACCACUGCAUCAAAAGCACACCCUUUCACCAACUGUGUUACGCAGGACUGGAGAGGAGAGCGAUUAUUACUGUCAGUGUGCACAGGUCUGAAAGCUCCCCCCAACAUCACCAGACAACUUCUCACAGGAGCUGUAAGCAGUGGAGCGAGAUAUUGCCAGAGAACAGUUCAGCUGGUCCAGCAGGUUUGGAUCUCAACCAUGAAGAAUUUUUUGAGGAUGUUCCAUUUCUCCAGAACGCUUCAAACCAGAACUACGUCCCAGAUGCGGUGUUGCCACCCGGGGAUCCGUGGCUCCAUGGUGGUCCCUCCCGGGCGGUGCUGUCCCUGCCCUCCUGCCUGUGCCUGUGCAGGGACAUUGGCUCGUCUGGUCCUGGAUCUUCUGGCUCAGAGCAAAUGGGAGAGAUGAAGGUGUACGCCAAGUGUCACCUUCAGCAAGGCGUCAUGUUUGGGCCCUUUGUAGGAGAAGUGUGCAGGGGACAAAUGCCAACCAACCUCAAAUAUGCCUGGGCUAUUAGGGAUGAUGCUGCUUUCAUCUACAUUGAUGCUUCUGAUGAAAACAAAUCCAACUGGAUGAGGUAUGUAACAUAUACGAGCCAUGAAGAGGAACACAAUCUGAUUGUCUUCCAGUUUUACCGUCACAUCUACUACAGGGUUUCCCAACCCAUCACAGAGGGUACGGAGCUCAAGGUUUGGAUUGGCAAGGAUUAUGCCUCCCUGCUGGGCCUAGGGAUGGGCGACAAUGUGAAAUGUGAAGUAGGAGACAAAGAGACAGCUCUGCGCCUCCUGCAGGACAUCCAAUUGGUCACCCUCCCAGAGCCCAGCAGCACCUCCCUUUGGUCAGAUCACAGCCAAUCGCAGAGCCCCAUGCCUGUCAUCAGUGACGUGACCACAAUGUCAAACCCAGACACAGCUAAUGAUCCAGGUGGGAUUUCUGGCUCCAGCUUCACCUCCACUUCCGCUGUCUCCUUCCCAUCCCCUAGCUAUGAUUUUAUGCCUGGCACAGAGAGACUGCUGAGUAACCCAAACGCCACACCGAACAGCCCAUGGUACUUUUUUGGGUUCGAGCCAGACCCAACCGGUCGGCCUCUGGACCGGAACACUGUGGUGUGUAAACUGUGUGGGGACCUUGUGGGCUGUCCUGGGGGAGCAGCGGACCUCCAAAACCAUCUGACCAACAAGCACCACAUCAGAUCACGGGACGGUAACAAGGAUCGGAGUCUUCUGACAAUAGGUCAACAACGCUCUCAGCCAGUGAUGAUUAAUAGUGGUCUGGUGAGCACACUCCCCCUGGUCUUGUCUGCCCAAGUGACCGAGGCCAUCGCCAACUUUCUCAUCACAGACCUCCAGCCUCCAGCACUGGUAGAAGGGGAAGGCUUCAAACAGCUGAUCCACACCCUUCUGCCCUCCUGCAAAGAGCUGCCGUCACCUUGUCAGCUCGAGAACUUCCUGAAAGAACACCACAUCAAAGGCAAGAUGAGCCUGGCUCAGCUGCUGAGGAGGAAAACAGGAGGCGGAGAUAAUGACGAGACAUCUGACUACACUGCUCCCAUUGAGUUUGAGCCCAGGAGACGCGGGCGACCUCCCAGCCAACGGAGGGAAGUACUUCACUUUGUCACUUUAAGUGUGGACGUUUGGUCCCACCACUGGCAGGGCAACACUGAGAAGUAUCUCACUCUCUGGGCACACUACAUAGACUCAAAUUUUAGUUUUCAGAACCUGGCCCUGACAACCCAAAGACGGACAGACAGCAGGUUGAAAGACUACACCCUUCGAGCAGUGGAGGCCCAAGUGAAAGUAAUGGCACAGGAGUGGGGAAUCUCCCAGCCCAGUCUGGUCCUGCUGGGAGGUGAUGGAAGGAAUAAGAUGAGGCUGGGGCCGAUAAAAAGCGAGAAAGGUGGAGAGGCUGCGGGAAGUGUCCCUCACCCGAACUCAACAACAUUUCUUGAAAGGGAAGACUCUGUGUCACCUGAGGAACCACAUGGCUCCGAGCACAGCCACUCCAGUGAGGGACUACCAUCUGUACCCUGUUUUUUCAGCGCUGUGCAGGGCUGCAUUGAGGAGGUGAUGUCACAUCCUGUCAUCUCCAAGACCCUCUGCCAAUAUUCUGGUAUUCUCUCAACCCUGUUCCUGACACCUGCUCAAAACAGAAGCUUGUAUCAGCAUCAUGUUGAGAGUCUGUUGCAGACCCUGACGAAACAGGAACAGGCAGAGCUGAAGUCGUGGGCUCAUAGUCGCCCAACGUGGAAUAAGCUGUACCCUCUACUGAGCACGCUCAUCAAACACAAAAGCCUUGUCUCUGAUAUAAUAAAAGAGAUUAGAGGGGAGGGCUUGUCGAAAGAAGACACUGCUUCAGAAACCAGUUCAUCUGGCAGCUGCCACGCAAACUCGACCUCCAGCACGGUCACAAUGCGUUCUGAAUGGAAGGUCCUGGAGGAGCUGUGUAUGGUCCUCAAACCUCUGGAUGUAGCGUGUCGAACCCUCGCCAAGGAGGCCUUCCCCCGUCUGUCCCUAAUCAAACCGAUUCUCAUCGGCCUGCUCUCCCGCCACCUCGUGUCCCGGCCAGGAGAUUCGUCAUCCACCUUAAAGGAGGUGAAGAGGAUGAUGAGGCAGAACUUGGCGAGCUGUUACAACAACCCUGUUGUCAACAGGGUUCUGUGUGUAGCAUGUUCCCUCGACCCUCAGUUCCAUGGGCUGGGCUUCAUGGAGGAGAAGGAGCAGACAGCCACUUUUGAUUGGCUGAAGAAAGAAGCUGUCAGGAUUGUGAAGGAGGACAGGAAGAGGAGCCAAGGUAAGAAGCAAAACCAGAGUAAGAGAAGCCCCUCCCCUGGGUCACCAGAGUCAGAGGGUGACUAUGUGCGGAGGAGCAAACGGCUCAAAGAAUCCCGUCCAAUCAACUUCAGAGAGAUCGAAGACGAAUAUGAAGAGAGCGAUGUAGGAGAGGCCGAUGAGAACGAGUCAGCAGACCCAGGUUCUCAGGGCGGGCUGUCUGGAAUGGAGUUUCUGCUGGGAGACCUGUUCUGCUCUGCCCCCCAAAGCAGGCAGAGCUCCGUGGAGGAGUCCAUAGACAUGGAGAUGUCUGUCUUUAGAGCUGACAAGGGGGCCUCACUGGGAGUGGAGCCUCUGCAGUGGUGGAGGACGAAAGCGGUACAGUUUCCACUCUUGGCCACAGUGGCGCGGGCCUAUCUGGCUGCCCCUGCCGUGGCGGGUAAUGCUGCGCAGGAGUACAUGCAGGAAGGAGUGGGAGCCACAUACAGGAAGAGAGCCAACAUUCCACCAGAAAGUUUGGACACAAUCUUGUUUCUGCACCACAACCACAUGCCCACCUCUGACACUGGACAAAUAGCAGUCAGGAAUGAUGACAAAAACAGUGGGAUUGAAAAGGUUCCAUGAACAGAGAAACACACAGUAAACACAGUAACAUGCUAAACACUUAUCCUUACCUAGAUUUAAAUUUGAUUAUUGCCAUAAACCAAAGCCCCAGCACAAAGUUAGCAUGCUGGGAAAAAAGAAGCUGCACAAUGUCUACAGCUGGGAUAAAAACCAAGUCAGUGUAAAAUCAGUGCAUAUUACGGAGAGAUGCUCAUUUUUGGGGGAUCUUGGCUAUUAUAGAUAUUGGAUUGGAACAGCCUUAAACAAUCUCAAGUUUUAUUGAUUGAAAAUGUUUAUUCAACCUUAACUGUCUUUAAGGUCAGUAUUUUUUAACAUCAUUUUAUCAUUUUUAGUUUAUUCCCUAGGGCCUAAAGAGAAGACAAAGAAAAUAUAUAUAUAUAUAUAUAGCUUUGGGCUAUUCUACUACUGAUUUACAUUGUGCUGCGUUUAUUAAGCAUUUUGUAGUACCUAGUGCCUUACCUUGUUUUAAUACACUAGAUGGAAGGGUAUUCCUUUUUUUAUCCUUAAUGCCAAAUUUUAAGAAACAUAACUGUGAUUACAAGCGUGUAGGAAAGUCCUUCAUGGUAGUAUUGUGUAAAAGUUCUACUGUGCAACUUUACUUUUGCAUAAUGACUUGUACUUCAUGUUGCUAAUCAGUAGAUAAUGAAAGACAUCUCUAAACGCUGAAUGUUAGAUCACUUCUUGCUGCUUUUUCUCAUGUUACAGUAGGAAUUCAACAGUUACGUCAGUAAAUUAAUGAUGGAACUUAAAUCAUAAAUGAAGAGAUCACUGAAAAAGGAUCCCAGGAAAAAACAACCUGACACUUGCUGAGAAUAAAAUGUGCCAUCUCAUUUGCACUGUAGAAUAACAAUUGUUUAUGCCUUGUUUUUGUACUGCUGUAUUUCAGAAGGUCAUUUGUUACCUGUGUACUGACACCUAAUGGUUUUAUAGUAUACUGCACUUUUCACUGCUACAUUAUACUGUAUACUGUUAAAACAAGGGAUGAAGUGUAUUAGCACAAUGUCUGUAUUGUUUUAGACUGUAAUGUUCUUGAACCUUGGCAUAUUCUCGUACAUGCAGAGCUAUUAUUGUCUUAUUGUAACAUGAAUAUACCUGUUGAAUACUCAGAAUAAAACUAUUACCAUAUGA